ACACUUUCUUUCUCACACACGCACGCAGACACAUUCUCCCUCUCUGCGCUCUCUCCUUCGGUCUCCCUCUGCCUCUUUCUCUUUCACUUUUGCAUGCCCUGCAACCUUUUAAAAUGUUGCCCCUUCCCUGUGAUUCGCCAGACGCCGCGCCGCGGCCCCCCGCGCGCUCGCCCGCUCCCUCUCUCGCCCGCUUUUUGUCUCUCGCGCUCCCUCUCCCCACUCCGAUUUGCUACACUGAGACUCCCGUCAAUGGACUGCAUUGAGAGCCGGCUCCGGCGCGAGUUGCCUCUCCGCUUCACGCUCGAUUUCCAGGCAUUCUUCCCUUAUUAAGUAUUCGUGUAAUAUUAAUAGUCAUGAAUAUCUGCUAUUAGGAGGCUCCAGGAACGCUGCCCAGCGCGGUUAUUAGAAGCUCAAGCGAAGCCGCCGCUAAGAAAAGAGGGGGAGACACGGAUUAAGGAACACGCACGCACCCACACACUUACACAUACUUUUUCCUUUUUCCUUUUUUGGGGUUUUUCAUUUUUAAAGAACUUUGAAUCAUAACCAGUCGCGGCAGGAUAGAGACCGUGGGUUCGACCAGCUGAAGGCGCCGCGCGAAUCGGUGGUUCAAGUUCGGAUGGAUCCGAGCCGGGCUCCCGCGCUCCGGGGAGCGUCGGCGCCGUGACUGGAGUCCUGGGUCGUGCGGGGCUCUCGGCGCCUUUUGUGUGGGGCGCUCUCGGGCGGCGGGGCAGCCGGGCGCUCCAGGCUUGCUUGUUUUUUUCCACCCUGAUUCGUUACCCCAGACUCUUCGCAGAUGUUAGUUCACAGUUUUUCAGCUAUGGACCGUCACGACGGCACCAGCAACGGGACGGCACGGUUGCCCCAGCUGGGCACUGUAGGUCAAUCUCCCUACACAAGCGCCCCGCCGCUGUCCCACACCCCCAAUGCCGACUUCCAGCCCCCCUACUUCCCCCCACCCUACCAGCCUAUCUACCCCCAGUCGCAAGAUCCUUACUCCCACGUCAACGACCCCUACAGCCUGAACCCCCUGCACGCCCAGCCGCAGCCGCAGCACCCAGGCUGGCCCGGUCAGAGGCAGAGCCAGGAGUCUGGGCUCCUGCACACGCACCGGGGGCUGCCUCACCAGCUGUCGGGCCUGGAUCCUCGCAGGGACUACAGGCGGCACGAGGACCUCCUGCACGGCCCACACGCGCUCAGCUCAGGACUCGGAGACCUCUCGAUCCACUCCUUACCUCAUGCCAUCGAGGAGGUCCCGCAUGUAGAAGACCCGGGUAUUAACAUCCCAGAUCAAACUGUAAUUAAGAAAGGCCCCGUGUCCCUGUCCAAGUCCAACAGCAAUGCAGUCUCCGCCAUCCCUAUUAACAAGGACAACCUCUUCGGCGGCGUGGUGAACCCCAACGAAGUCUUCUGUUCAGUUCCGGGUCGCCUCUCGCUCCUCAGCUCCACCUCGAAGUACAAGGUCACGGUGGCGGAAGUACAGCGGCGGCUCUCACCACCCGAGUGUCUCAACGCGUCGCUGCUGGGCGGAGUGCUCCGGAGGGCGAAGUCUAAAAAUGGAGGAAGAUCUUUAAGAGAAAAACUGGACAAAAUAGGAUUAAAUCUGCCUGCAGGGAGACGUAAAGCUGCCAACGUUACCCUGCUCACAUCACUAGUAGAGGGAGAAGCUGUCCACCUAGCCAGGGACUUUGGGUAUGUGUGUGAAACCGAAUUUCCUGCCAAAGCAGUAGCUGAAUUUCUCAACCGACAACAUUCCGAUCCCAAUGAGCAAGUGACAAGAAAAAACAUGCUCCUGGCUACAAAACAGAUAUGCAAAGAGUUCACCGACCUGCUGGCUCAGGACCGAUCUCCCCUGGGGAACUCACGGCCCAACCCCAUCCUGGAACCCGGCAUCCAGAGCUGCUUGACCCACUUCAACCUCAUCUCCCACGGCUUCGGCAGCCCCGCGGUGUGUGCUGCGGUCACGGCCCUGCAGAACUAUCUCACCGAGGCCCUCAAGGCCAUGGACAAAAUGUACCUCAGCAACAACCCCAACAGCCACACGGACAACAACGCCAAAAGCAGUGACAAAGAGGAGAAGCACAGAAAGUGAGGCCUCCUCCCGACCUGCCCCUCCCACGCCUCACCAGUCCCCGCGCGCCCACCCACCGGCGGGUGACAGCUCCGGGAUCAGCAACCCUUCCUGCUGCUGCUGCUACUGCUGCUGCUGCUGCCGCCGCCGCUGCCGCCGCCGCCGCUGCCCUUGGGUCCGAGCCUCCGGAACUGCUCUCUCGACUGUCAGUGGGGUAGCCGCUCCGACUCUGCGCCCGCCUCGACUUCCCCACCCGCUCCCACACCCCUGUGCCCUCAUGUGGAGCCUAAGAGAACAGAACAGGCCGUGAAGCCAGCAGAGAAAAGUUCUGCCAAGUUUGUGAACCCCCUUUUUUUUUAAAACAAAACAACAAAUCAACAACAGCAACAACAAAAAUUAAAACUUUUUUCUAAAAAAAA